AAUCUUUUCUUUUAUUAUAUCUGAAUCCCUCUAUCACUUUCUGCAAUUAUUUUUUCUUGUAAUCUCUAGGGUUUUUCAGCUUCAAUCUUUUGGAUCCAUCAAUUUCCUUGUCUCAGUUUCUCAUUUUUCUGUACUGAAUUCUUCGAGUCUUAGUAAUUUCAUUUUUUUAUGCUUUGUGAAUCCAGCUGAAUUUUGGCAGAAAACAAUUUUAUUUGAUAAAUUUCAAAAUCAGAGAGUUUUAAAGGGGGAAUGGGAAUUUGUUACUCUUCAAGUAAAAGCAAGAGCGAUGAUGGGUUGUGGGAUGGUAAGAAUGACAGCAGAAGGUCUGAUUCCAAGUUGAAGAAGAACAGUUACAGUGGCGAUUUCAGCACAUUUUUAAGCAAGUUAAGUGGUGUUGGUGGAGGAGGGGGUGAGGACAAGGGGCUGCAUCAUAUUCCUGGAAGGAUUUUGGGGAAUGGAGCCACCUCCCGUGCUUGCCUACACACUCAGCAAGGGAAAAAAGGAACUAAUCAAGAUGCCAUGAUCGUUUGGGAGAAUUUCUGCUCGAGAAGUGAUACAAUCUUUUGCGGAGUAUUUGAUGGACAUGGUCCCUAUGGCCAUAUGGUGGCAAGGAAAGUUCGAGAUACUCUUCCGUUUCUCCUGUGUUCAGAGUGGCAAGUCAAAUCCAGUGGUGAUCAAAGUAAUACUUCUGAGAACGGAAAUACUAAUGGAGGUUCACAUCUUGAUGAUGUCUUGGAUGAUGAUUUGAUUGAAGCUAUGGAAGCUGAGAGCAACCAAAAGUUCCCAGAAAUACAUCUUCCCCUUAAAAGAUCAAUGUUAAAAGCUUUCCGGUCGAUGGAUAAAGAACUCAAGUUGCACCCAACUAUUGAUUGUUUCUGUAGUGGGUCAACUGCUGUUUCCUUGGUGAUGCAGGGCCAGGACAUAAUAGUUGGUAAUGUUGGUGACUCAAGAGCAGUAUUGGCAACUAGAGACAAAGACAACUAUUUAAUGGCUGUACAGUUGACAGUAGAUUUGAAGCCUAAUCUUCCAAGUCUCUCUUUCUUCUUGAUUCAAUACAUUACCACUGAGAAGCUGAAAUCUAAUUGUCUUUUUUUCUUGAAGAAAGUGCUUAAAUUUAAUUUUCAAUUGUUUUGUCUUGUAGGAGAAGCUGCUAGAAUACAUAAAUACAAAGGCAGGGUUUUUGCACUGCAAGAUGAGCCAGAGGUUGCACGUGUAUGGUUGCCAAACAGUGACUCUCCUGGCUUGGCAAUGGCCAGAGCAUUUGGUGAUUUUUGUCUCAAAGAUUUUGGUUUAAUUUCUGUCCCUGAUGUGUAUUACCACCGCAUUACUGAUAGGAACGAGUUUGUUGUUCUAGCAACUGAUGGGGUUUGGGAUGUCCUUUCUAAUAAAGAAGCCGUGGAUAUUGUGGCCUCAGCCCCAAGUCGUGCUACAGCUGCCCGAGCUCUUGUGGACUGCGCGACAAGAGCUUGGAGACUGAAGUACCCCACAUCAAAGACUGAUGACUGUGCUGUGGUAUGCCUUUUCCUGGACCGUGUACCUGCACCUGAUGCCGUAGUGACAGCGACACAAAAGACAAUUGUUACAGAUGGCAACCUUGAAAGUGUAGAUAGUAAUACUGUUUCAGCUUCUCAUAUUGCAGUUCUUGAACAUUCAGGUACUACGAAAGAUGCCAGUGAGAUAGUUCCUGUUGACGAGUCAAUCAAAGAACCGCUAGCUGAUAAGGGUCUUGGACAUUCUAAGAGAAGCCUAGCCGAGUGCCUUUCAACUGCAGAAGAUCAGGAAUGGUCAGCCCUCGACGGAGUUACCAGGGUUAAUAGCCUUCUUAGUCUUCCUAGAUUCUUGUCUGGUGACAAAAAGUCAGCCAGUCGGAGGAAAUGGUAGUAAGACAUCAAGGCAUGAUACCUCAAGGGCCAAGGCUAAUGUAAGUGAUUUGUAUUAGCAUUUUCUGCAUAUAUGAUGUUGUGCUUCUCAAAGAUUUUGUAAAUCAAAACAUGUUAGCAGCAGUAGUGGUAUAAGCUUAAAGGCUAGAAAAUUGCCCGGAAUGUAAAACAGCUUCUAUGCUUGAUGACUAUCCAAAUUGGAAAUGCUUUUUGGUAGGAUAUUUAUAAUUGAUGAUCA